CAUAUCUAGAGAGAAUUUUUUCAUAGCUAAAAAUUUCAUUAAGCCAAACGUCAUUUUAUAAAAAAUACUUUUAUUUCUAUUACAAAAACAUUAAAAGGGAACUUAUUAAAAUAGAUGAUUGCGACAGUAAUUUGAAAAAUAAAUUGAUAAACUAUGCACUGAUUGUUCACAAGUGCAAACCUUUACAUUUACUCAGUUACCAGAUUAUUUUAAAUUACAACGUUGUGGAACAAUAAAACUCAAAACUGGGGCAAAUGUUUUCCAAACGUCAACAACCCCGGAGGGUUUGACUUUAAUGCGACAGUCACGUUCUGCUGUAAUGGAAGUGUUGCUAAGCAACCACUUUACGUUGCCUGUACUUUAAGCAAAUCAUCUCAAUUAAGUCAUUGCCGGGGAUUUGUUAUGUAACAAAGUUGUGUAUGUAUUGAACAGAUCUAAAGGGGUUAAACGCGGCAGCGGUGUUCAGAAUCUGUUCGUGUCAUGCCCAAAGUGAUUCCCUUCACAGAGCCGAGUUGCGCAGUUGUUGUCGUAAAUUCUCCCGACGCUCUUUGAACGUAAAUCUAGUCUUUUCGUGUUCGCCCCUGGUUCGCCCUCAUGUUUCGUAAGCGAUGCGCUCUCUCCGGCGGCUUCCUCCCCCAUACGAGGCUGGUCUUCCCCGGAUAACACCGCUCCAGCUCGUUCGCAUGAUUUUUACUGCGCCGUCGCCUCCUUUCCAGCUGGACCGUCUGCCGGUGCUUCGCCCGGACCACCGCCGCCGUAGCUCACCGCCACCACCGCGGCAGCUGCGCUCCCUCCUUGAGGAGAAUCAGUCCUCGUCAUGACCUCUCUCCCUUCCUCCGGUGAUUCUUCUGAUAUUCGCUAAAUGGGAUUUGCGGCUGGACUGAGGUUUCCACAGCAACUGCCCGUCGGCUUCCAUAUUCUUCUGAUGAGAACAGCCAUACGAAUCUCCGGGCUCCUCGCUGCGCUUCUCUGAUUUUUUUAUUUUAUUUUUUGGGGGGGCUGAAUCACAAGACGCGUCAAAGGUCUGCACAUGGGGGCGGGCAAAAGCAAGCCCAAGGAGCCAGGCCAGCGCUCCAUGAGCCUGGACGGGACCAUAGGCACUGGCUCCGAUAGCGGACGCUUCCACCACUUGGACUCCACUCAGCAGACCCAGACCCCCAAUCGAAGCCCUGCUGUUGGGACGGGCCGUCGGGGACAACAAGGGCAGCGCCAGCUUGCCCCGACAAAUACCCCUGAACUGUCUCUCUUUGGAGGAGUGGACCACACGGGAAGUGUCAUAUCACCCUACAGAGGACUGCUGUCGGAAGGUGUCACUACAUUUGUGGCAUUGUAUGACUAUGAGGCACGGACGACGACUGAUCUGAGCUUUGCCAAAGGCGAACGGCUGCAGAUCAUAAACAACACGAAAAAGUACAGCUUCAGGGAAGGGGACUGGUGGCUCGCUCGCUCGCUAAGCACAGGAGAGACGGGUUACGUCCCCAGCAACUACGUGGCUCCGUCCGACUCCAUCCAAGCAGAAGAGUGGUUUAUUGGAAAACUCACUCGGCGCGAUUCAGAGAGGCUUCUUCUGAAUGUGAGGAACAGACGAGGAACCUUCCUGGUGAGGGAGAGUGAGACCACUAAAGGGGCGUACUGUCUGUCUGUGCUGGAUUAUGAUAACGUCAGAGGCCUCAACGUCAAACAUUACAAGAUCAGGAAGCUGGAUUGUGGAGGUUUCUAUAUCACCUCCCGCACCCAGUUCUCCAGCCUCCAACAACUCGUCUUCCACUACCGCAAGCACUCUGAUGGGCUGUGCCACGCUCUAACAGACGUGUGUCCAAUUUCCAGACCUCAGACACAGGGACUGGGCAGGGAUGCUUGGGAGAUUCCCCGAGAGUCUCUACGUUUGGACGUUAAACUGGGACAGGGCUGCUUUGCAGAAGUCUGGUUGGGUACGUGGAAUGGUACAACACGGGUAGCCAUUAAGACCUUAAAACCCAACACGAUGUCUUCGGAGGCCUUUCUUCAGGAAGCGCAGGUCAUGAAGAAGCUGAGGCAUGAGAAGUUGGUCCAGCUGUACGCUGUGGUGUCUGAUGACCCCAUCUACAUUGUGACCGAGUACAUGAGCCAAGGCAGCUUACUGGACUUCAUUAAAGGGGAAACAGGGAAGCUUCUUCGUCUGCCACAGCUGGUAGACAUGGGUGCUCAGAUUGCAGCAGGCAUGGCCUACGUGGAGCGGAUGAACUACGUCCACAGAGACUUGCGUGCUGCUAACAUUCUGGUGGGAGACAACUUGACGUGUAAGAUAGCUGAUUUUGGUCUAGCUCGACUGAUCGAAGACAACGAGUACACCGCAAGACAGGGAGCCAAGUUUCCAAUCAAAUGGACGGCCCCAGAGGCAGCAUUGUACGGCCGUUUCACCAUCAAGUCGGACGUUUGGUCUUUCGGUAUCGUUCUUGUAGAGCUGACAACUAAAGGAAGAGUUCCUUAUCCAGGUAUGGUUAACCGCGAGGUGCUGGACCAGGUGGAGCGAGGCUACAGGAUGCCUUGCCCGGCAGAGUGCCCCACUUCCAUGCAUGAGCUCAUGCUGUCCUGCUGGCGUAAGGAUCCAGAAGAGAGGCCGACCUUUGAGUACCUGCAGGGUUUCCUAGAGGACUACUUCACCUCCACAGAACCUCAGUAUCAGCCUGGGGAGAACCUAUAGGACUGAACCAAAUCCUGAACCGGUGGUGUUGGUGGAAGGGGGGGGCCUUUGCACUGAAUGAUCUGCACUAAUCAACCUCAGAGGAACACCUGAUGGAGGAUCUGAGCCUGUGAAACGAACCUGUGAGGAACUUCUUUAGUGGAAACGAAACUGAGAUAAAAACCCUGCAGAAGUCCUCCCGUGUGUGAUUAGGGAACUGCUGCAGGAGAACGUGGACAAACCUGUGUUCAAUAAGCACUCCAGGUUUACCGAAGACCUCCCGCACACAAGAAAUCAUAGGUUCAUCACAUCACUAAAAAGAGAACUACUGUACUUCUUUAGGCUCAGAUUGAAAAAAGUGGCAAGAUUUGCAGGUAAAUGUUUUUCUGAGGUGUUACUGAUGUGGGAGGAGCCAAGUGGGGAUGUACAGACAGGACGAGGGCUUGGAGAAUGAAUCACCUGUAGAGGAUGACAGGCAAGGGAAGAUAUUUUUGUUGAUCAUGAACUGUGUCUAGUGAAAUAUCUUUUUUUUCCCCCUCCUCGGGUGCACAUCUACCCUCGUCUGGUAUCUUUCUCCACCCACAGAAGAGCACUGCCACUGCGGCUUAGGUGCCAAAGGAAAAAUCUGUCUCCCUUCACAUUUUUUUUAUCUCACCUCAGCUUCUCUUCAUUUUUCCUGUAUUUAUUUAUGCUCCAACUUUCGGAAUCAUGUUUUUUUUCCAGAAGUGCUCAUUCUUCAAAGUGUCUCCAAAAAACUUAAUUUCUGGGACUUUCACUUUGUUUUUUUGGACUAUUUAUAUAUACAUGUGAUUUAGAGUUUUCUUCAGUGGCAACGUUUCUGAUUUAGUUAGUUAUUUUUCUUGAGAAGGUAACUCACAAUCACUGCAGUGCCAGGAUCUAUUCAGCGAUGCUGAAAAUGAGGUAAUCGGAGGCCUUUCUCUCCACGUUGGAUCCAACCCCUCAUUAAAAAUGAUUUUGAUGCAGGUAGAGUCUGAAUGCGUUGCUGUAUUGAUUAACCUUGGCUUAUCUGGAAAAUUAUGAUCAGCUCUGUCUCCGCUGCACUAAAGAUCAAUUUUAGUAAAGUCUCUGAAGCAUAAACUGGUGUAAUUUCCAUAAAACACUUAUGUAACAUAAGAUACCAGGUAGGGCAGCAUGAUAUCAGAAAACAACAUGGGAUUUUGUUGUUUAACACAUUAGCUACAUUUGCCUCUUUUUCUUCAUUUACAGUGUUUAAAAUAUGUGUUUUAGCAUCUCUACUAUCUAGAGUCCAUCUGAUUGGCCGAAUAUAUUCUUUUCACACAAAGCAUGAAUGCAUGGAAUAUAACAGUCAAAAAGGUUUUACAGAUUAAGCAGUUGAUUGCAAAACACGUUCAAACGAGAAAUCCUUUGCAGCCCCGCUGUCCAGUCACUCGUCUCAUCUGUUAAUCGCUAACUUUUCUGUUUUGUGCCAAACGCUCAUUUCUUUAUUUCUAACCAUGUAAAUAAGCAUUUUACUCCGAGCUGCUGAUUUAAAUUUCCUCAGUAAACAUGUAUGUGAUGAAACUGGACUGAUUAUGCAAAUAGGGAGCCCUUCUGAUCAGGUAACCCAGCUGUGUUUGACUUUAUUCUGAGUUGGUUUGGAUGCUAAUUAGCAUGCUUUUGUGCUGUUCUUUUGACCAUUAGCUGGCUUCUGUUAAUGCUGUGCUGUAGAUGGAUUUGUGUGCGUUUACAGGUGACACACGGGGAUCAAAUACAGUUUUCUCAGUGCCAUUAAAUUCUGAUUAUUUUCCUGAUUUUUACUUGCUGUCCUACUGUACGUACUGUAGCUUGUUUUUCAACCAGGUUUGUUUCCUUGAAGAGGUGUGUGUGUGUGUGUGUGUGUGUGUGUGUGUGUGUGUGUGUGUGUGUGUGUGUGUGUGUGUGUGUGUGUGUGUGUGUGUGUGUGUGUGUGUGUGUGUGUGUGUGUGUGUGUGUGUGUGUGUGUGUGUGUGUGUGUGUGUGUGUGUGUGUGUGUGUGUGUGUGUGUGUGUGUGUGUGUGUGUGAGAGAGCGAGCGUUUUGGGUGGUUUUGUUUAGCUGUUCUCACGGUACGAGUCAUGCAGCAAUAAGAGAUGGUCGUCUCCGUCCACCAACAUUAAAAAUGAAAAGGAAACAGAAAUCCUCCAGAUGAUGGAAUAUGUUUGGUUCUGAAAUCACAGAAAAUGGAUGUGUAUGACGCGAACACUGAGGUCAAAGAUGUAAAUAUCUUAAACGAAUGACUGUGACUAUCAUAUAUUUUGUUUAUUUGUACAGCUUUUGUUGCAUUGCACCUCCGUUUUCGGGUUUUUACAGUAAAGCACGCCAGUUUCCCCUCUUAAUGACUCGUUUCUGCAAACAGGGCUGGAAAAAAAAAGUUUUUCUAUUUUUGAUCAUGUGAAAUUAUAUUGCAUUUGAAACUUCUAUAUCUGCAACAGACAAUUCAGAAUCAGGCUUGCGAUAAAUGCAUAUCUGUGCAAGAAUAUUUUAUUACGUUUGUGUUUUUAGAAUGGAAACAACCCUGUUUGUCCAGACACUCGGAGCCACCUGUAAGUCACAGGGACGGCGUUGAAAUAAUCAGGCUGAUGACGAGCAUGAGUCACGCUGAGGUCAGAUUGGAUUUUCUGUGGCCAUAUGUAAAGGAGCAUCUCCUUUUUUUAAAAAAAAUCUAUGCAGUCUCAGUCUUGCAUUCCUGCAACGUCAUGGCCAUUUUGUUCUAAAAUUCAAGAAAAAGAUCAUAAAACAAGGUGUGCACAUUUUGUAGGGACUUCUUCCAUCAUUUUUUCUUUGGUUCUCAUGUAACAGGAUUAAAAUAGGUAUCGUGUCACUUUCUGUUGAUCUUUAAAUGUGCAAUAAAUUAUAUUUGAAAUGGGUUUUUA